AUGGUAUUUAUCCGCUCUGCUGCCCGCCUCGCGCGCCCCGCCUCGUCGGUCCUGUCCGCCGGCAGGAGCUCGCUGCUGCGCUCAAAAGCACCCUUCGGCGUCAGAACGCUAACGGCAACCUCGCGGCAACAGGGCAAGGUUCUUCUGUGUCUCUACGACGGAGGCGUCCACGCCGAGCAACAGCCCGAGCUCCUCGGAACCACUGAGAACGAGCUCGGUAUCCGCAAGUGGAUCGAGGAACAAGGCCACACUCUGGUCACCACCUCCGACAAGGAGGGUGAGGACUCGGUCUUCGAGAAGGAGCUCGUCGAUGCCGAGGUCAUCAUCACCACGCCCUUCCACCCUGGCUACCUUACCAAGGAGCGUCUGGCCAAGGCGAAGAACCUCAAGCUCUGCGUGACUGCCGGUAUCGGUUCCGACCACGUCGACCUCGAUGCCGCGAACAAGACCAACGGCGGUCUGACCGUUGCUGAGGUCACGGGCUCCAACGUCGUCUCGGUUGCUGAGCACGUCGUCAUGACCAUCCUGACCCUCGUCCGCAACUUCGUCCCGGCUCACGAGCAGAUCGAGUCUGGUGACUGGAACGUCGCCGCUGUUGCGAAGAACGAGUACGAUCUCGAGAACAAGGUCGUCGGCACCGUCGCUGUUGGCCGCAUUGGCGAGCGUGUUCUGCGCCGCCUCAAGCCCUUCGACUGCAAGGAGCUGCUCUACUUCGACUACCAGCCCCUCUCUCCCGAGAAGGAGAAGGAGAUUGGCUGCCGUCGCGUUGAGAACCUCGAGGAGAUGCUCGCGCAGUGCGAUGUUGUUACCAUCAACUGCCCGCUGCACGAGAAGACCCGCGGCCUCUUCAACAAGGACCUGAUCUCCAAGAUGAAGAAGGGCGCGUGGCUCAUCAACACCGCUCGCGGCGCCAUUGUCGUCAAGGAGGAUGUCGCCGAUGCGCUCAAGAACGGCCACCUCCGCGGCUACGGUGGUGACGUCUGGUUCCCCCAGCCUGCUCCCAAGGAUCACCCUCUGCGCUACGCCAAGAACCCCUGGGGCGGCGGCAACGCCAUGGUUCCCCAUAUGUCUGGUACAUCCAUCGACGCCCAGAAGCGCUACGCCGCUGGCACCAAGGCUAUCCUGGACAGCUACUUCUCCAAGCGCCACGACUACAAGCCUGAGGAUCUGAUCGUCCACGGUGGUGACUACGCCACCAAGGCUUACGGCCAGCGCAAAUAG